CCACACUUUCCCUUCCUCUUUGCAGGGGGCACUCGGCAACCAAAUAGUUUAACACCAACUAGGGGAAAGAAAAAAAAAAGCAGGAGCCGCUUCUCUGGAGCGAGACGAGUCGAGAGGAGACCUGAUACAGGACUGAGGGAGCGUCGCCGACACUGUUGCCAUGGACGAUGCAGCCCGGCAGAGCCACUGGACUGCUCAGAUUCUGAACGACCCGCACCCCGCCUUCCCCGAACAGAACCUGCUCCAGCCUGUGGACAAGGCCGGCUCCUUCUACACCAGCGGAGAUCCAGACUUCUCCCUGGCUCCCUACUGCUCCAACCCCAUCCAGAGCAGAGCCCCAGUAUGGCAGGCCUACUCCUCCCCAAUAAUCAACACCCUGCAGUGGCUGGAAGGGGGUGGUGACGGGCUGGCUUCUCCCUACAACACAGCCUGUUCCACAAACCCCUUCAGCAAGCCCUCCCUCCACCCUCACUGCAGCCCUGUAGAGCACGCCCUCUCUGUGUACCCCACCUCCACCGGCCCCUACACCCACCUGUACACCCAGCCCAAGGAGAGGACCUCCUCCCCAGGCCGGGAUGGCAAGGCGAACCCCAGACCUCUGGAGGCUUUGAAGGCUGAGCGGCCCAGCUCUGGUGGAGAGGGAAGCCGUUUUCUGAGUCUGGGUUCUGCUCCCUCCCACUCCGGCUCACUGGGACCCUACUCCCCCUACAUGAGCUCCCCACAGGGUUAUGGAGCGGGGCUCCACUCUCCCAACUCUCUGAACAUGUGUAACAAAAUGAGACUCUCUCCUCCUGAGGCGCGGGAGUGUGUGAACUGUGGGGCAAUGGCCACUCCUCUCUGGAGGCGCGACGGGGCGGGACACUACCUCUGCAACGCCUGCGGGCUCUACUGCAGGAUGAACGGGCAGAACAGACCCCUCAUCAGACCCAAGAACAGACUGAUCGUUAGUAAGCGCGCCGAGACCCAGUGCGCCAACUGCCACACGAGCACGACCACCCUGUGGAGGAGAAACUCCAGCGGCGAGCCAGUGUGCAACGCCUGCGGACUCUACUACAAACUGCACAACGUGAACAGACCUCCCACCAUGAAGAAGGACGCUAUCCAGACCAGAAACCGGAACGCCAGCAGCAAGUCCCAGAGGAGGAAGAAGGAUCUGGGGAGGGCUCUCUCCAACGAGGGUGGCACCUACUGCCAGGGCCCCAUGAUCCCCAAUAGCCAGGACUGCCACCUCCUGAGUGGCUAUCGCAGCCCCCCGCACCCACACCCACACCCCUCGGGGCUGCCCUAGGGUCACUACCCCUCCUCCAGUAUGAUCCUGACCAUGGUGUGACAGAAGUAGUGGCGUGUAAGGUUGCUUUUUUUAAAAUCAUAAUUUAAGUUUGCGUAUGAUGGUGUAAAAAAGAGCGGCGCUCAAUUCUGACCACGGCUUGUUUCGAUCCAGUCCUUUGCUUUACAACCAAACAGGUCUUCACUUUGCCUCUCAGCAGGUUGAGUUAGCUCAGGGCUUCUCAAACUGUGGCUGAUGAUUUGCAUUCCAUUGCUUUGUUAUUUUGAUCGCUUCAAUAUGAGGAAAAUUACUGAUCAGGAUUAGUCACAAAUCACAAGGGUAACAAGACUCCUAUUGCACAGCAGUGUGAUCCAGUCCAGGUUUUACUACCAGCCUGAUCAGCCCCAGUGUGUCUAGGCAACAAGCUCAGGUGUGUCUUACUAUUAAACUUCUAGUGAAGCGAGGACUGGGUCAAACCGCUGUGCAGCGGGAGUCUGAUUCCCAUCUCUAGUAACGACAUGUUAAAUUCAGCUAUUGGAAAAUUAGCGCAGAAGUAAAUUGCUACUGAUUGGUGGUGCUCGAUUGUAAAAGUGAGGGAAGGACAGCUUUGAAACCAGGAUAGGAUCAAAGUGCUAUGUCUUACUUCCAUCCCCUGAGUCUAUCUCACCCCCAUCCCAGCCCCUCUCCCGGAUCAGACUGCUGUGGAACUGGAGUCUUAUUUCCCAUCCCUGAAACUUAAUUCACAAACUCAUGCCUGCGUAUUGAAUCGCAUGUUUUUCCCGGGAGCCGGUCUCUGAUACUGUGGGUCAAUUUGAAUAAUUUCAAUACACUGAAAUAGCAGUUGCUCUGAAUGUGUGAUAUUGCUGAGCGUGAAAUUGCUGUGAUGCACAAUGGAAAGUUCUCUAUGCAAUUACUGUGUUUAGUUUUUCUUUAAUUGAAUGUGUGGGACAGAGAGAGGCUUGUGUGUGUAUAUAUAUAAUUUUCAGUAAUUAAUAACCAUUUAUAUUAGCUGUGCUGAGCGUCAAUUGGUUGUUUUG